GAUGUUUUACGUUAUAAAUAUAUUUACACAUAUAUAAACUUGACUGCGUUCUAACUUGAGUGUUGUGCUUGCAACUGAAAGGUGAACGCAGAUAUUAUUUGCGCAGAUAAUACUGCCAUUAAACUGCAGUGAGUUUAUCACUCAGAUCGCUCGUUUGUCCUUGUACGAGUUUAACUGUCUGGAGUUAUUAUUAUUAUUAUUAUAAUGAUUAUUGGGAAGAUGUUGGCUGUUCGCUCAUUGAUCUGCAAACCCUACGCUUUUCUGCUGAAGCCUCCAGCAGCUCUCUCUGCUCAGACAGGCGGUGUGGGCUUCAUCCACACCAGUGUCAAAUGCAGCAGCGCCAAAGUAGCAGUGGUGCUGUCUGGAUGUGGAGUGUACGAUGGGACGGAGAUCCAUGAGGCAUCAGCAAUCCUGGUGCAUCUGAGUCGCGGUGGAGCUGAGGUCCAGAUGUAUGCUCCUGAUGUGGCUCAGAUGCACGUUAUAGACCACAGCAAGGGGCAGCCUUCAGAGGAGUCCAGGAACGUCUUAGCUGAGUCAGCUCGCAUCGCUAGGGGUAACAUCACUGACCUGGCUAAGCUGAGUGCCAGUAACCAUGAUGCAGUCAUCUUUCCAGGAGGUUUCGGAGCUGCUAAAAAUCUGUCAACGUUUGCUGUCGAUGGAAGUGACUGCACUGUGAACAAGCAGGUGGAAAAUGUCUUAAAGGACUUCCAUAAAGCAGGCAAGCCAAUUGGGUUGUGCUGUAUCUCUCCGGUGCUGGCUGCGAAGGUGCUUCCUGGUGUGGAAGUGACUGUGGGCCAUGAGCAAGAGGAGGGGGGAAUGUGGCCAUAUGCUGGCACUGCUCAGGCCAUCACUGCACUCGGGGCCAAACACAAAGUCAAAGAUGUCACCGAGGCUCAUGUUGACCCAAAGAAUAAAGUGGUGACCUCUCCUGCAUUCAUGUGUGACACGAAGUUGCACCUCAUCUUUGAUGGGAUUGGCUCCAUGGUCAGAGAUGUCCUGAAGUUGACCGGGAAAUAAGUGGCACACGGCUUCAUUCAACAAACUGCACUUAGCUAGAUGUCAGGAAACCACUUUUGGUUUGAUCGAUAAGAUUGAAUAAUAAAAAAAAAAACACCUAGUUUAUUAUUUCCGAAAUAAAUUAUUUUUCUUCAUAUUGCAGCCUGAUAUGUGAAUAAAGUUCUGUGUAGUUCACUCCUAAACAGAGCCCCAGAGCGACAGACAUUAGCAAUCAAAAGCCUAUCUCGGCGUGGCUUUAUUUUUUUUAAAUGUCCACUAGAUGGUGCAAUGGUACAACCAGACUCACUCUGAUGGGUUCACUGCAGAAACUAGAGUAAAUCAGUAAUUUUGAAUAAAGGUAGAAUAAAGGUUUUCAGAUAAUGCUGUUUCAAUUCAUCUGUUAAUAUCAGAUCAUUAUGAGGAAAAAAAUAGAAAUGACUGGAUUUCUCUGUAACAAGGUCUUAUGCUGUGUGUUAUGUGUAAUAGGUGAGCAGUGUUAAAAGAUAAGCCAAAGUGAUUUGAUCUAGUAGCUCUGAUCCAGUAGCUCUUGAAAAUCUGACAUUGUAACAAAUGUAAUGUUGUGUAAUAUAUUAAUAAAUAAAGUGCUUACAAAUAAAGUUGUUCUUCCUUCGUUAAA